CUCCAUUUUUAUAAUAAGAAAAGUAAAGCCCUCCGGUUGGGCCACGAGUUCCACAAUAAAUUAAAACACAGUGGCACAAGAGCAUAUAUAUAGUAUAUAGCAUUAAUUGUGGUAGAGAUCGAGGGAGCGAGGAACUAAGAUCGAUGGAGGAAGAGAUAAAAAACUUGAUGAUGGUGUGGUCCAUGGCCGCAGCAACAAUGUGUUACUCCCACACAAUCGGAAAAGUGAUCCUCCAAGGUCCACCAAGACUCAUAGCCCUAAUCCCCGCCAUAGUCACCCUCCUUCUCCUCCCUCUCAGGCUCAUAUCCAUUCACCUCGGAGGCCCAUCUUCCUUCUUCCUCGCAUGGCUUUCAACCUUCAAGCUCCUCCUCUUCGCCUUCGGAAAGGGUCCCUUAUCCUCGAACCCUCCCCUCUCUCUCCCCCACUUCGUCCCCAUCGCACUCCUCCCCAUCAAACCCCAAACCCAACCCCAACAGCCAUUGCAAGAACCAACCUUCAACCACGCCCUCCUCAUACUGGCCAUCUUCAUCCCUUUCUACGCCACAAAAUACCACCUCCACCCCACCUUCACACUCUUCCUCUACGCCCUCCACAUGUACAUCGGCCUCGAGUUCAUCUUCGCACUCAUCUCCACCGCCUCACGCAAACUCCUCGGGGUCCACCUGGAGCCGCACUUCAACCACCCCUACCGAAGCACCUCCCUCCAAGACUUCUGGGGAAACCGCUGGAACAUCAUGGUCAACCGUCUCCUACACCCCACCGUAUACCGCCCCGUCGCCACCCUCUCCGCACGCCUCGUGGGCCGCAAGUGGGCCCCACUCCCCGCCAUCCUGGCCACCUUCGCGGUCUCCGCCGUCAUGCACGAGCUGGUUUUUUACUACAUCAAGAGGGAGAAGCGCACGUGGGAGGCGUGGGAACCCUCCUGGGACGCGGCGUCUUUCUUCCUCAUUCAUGGCGCCGGCGUGGCUCUCGAGGUUGCUCUCAAGAAUGCUCUCCGUGGGUGGCACGUGCCGAGGCUGCUGUCCUGCCUUCUCACGCUCGCCUUUGUGCUCUACACCGGACUCUGCCUGUUCGUGCCGGCGCUUGUAAGGUGUCGCGUUUAUCAAAAGGCAACAAGAGAGUUGACCGCGUUGACCCACUUUGCCGAGGGUUUUGCUAACGUCACCACCACAUGCUCAUCACUCAUCACUCAUCAAUUCAUGCAAUUAUUAUAGGAAAACAAUAAAUAAACACUUUUAUCGAUUCACUUUUACUAUCUCUCCAUUCAGAUCCGAAUAUUUUCCUCUGCCUCCUUCAUGCCAUUGUUUUUUUUGUCUCCGUUUCAUGCCAAGUUUGACUGUAGCGACAUGAGAUCUAGAUUCACCACCCCAUGUAUCAACCAUGGACAAUAAUUUAAGUUUUAAUAUUUAUUGUUGAUUCCGUCAAGAAAACAAAAAUAAUUGUUCAUUUAGAAAAAUAGUCGGACUGCGUUGAUUAGUCAUUAUAUUUUGUUGGUUUCGUUCCUCUCUUUUUCAUUUGUUUCAAUUAAUUUGUUUUCC